UGUGACGUCACGCGCGGCCCAUUCGCCACUAGGAACUAGCAGCUACCGUCGAGGCAGCGAACGGGGGCAACGGUGGCAGCCCCCGGGGAAGUUCGCUCUUUCCUGCGCACUUUAGUCAUUGUGCCUCAUACCUCAGUAACUGUGCCUCAUACUCUCACUGGCUGCGCCUCGUUGUUCCGCCGUGCGGCUGCGCUUCCCAGCACAGGGCCCAAAUGUUACCAGACAGCAGGAAAAGGCGGCGGAAUUCUAAUGAAGUCUCUGAACUACCACCCUCCAAAAGGAAUACAUGGAGCUCUGAAUUACAGGAGUGGGAAACAGAGUCUUCAGGAAGUGAAAGCAGCAAUAGCAACUUCAGUCUUGACAGGAGCAGCUGCUCUGACCAUUUUCAGACCAUGGCAGGCUCAGGCCCAGCAACCCCACAGCCUGUGUCCAGCCCAGAACAGUCUGCACUGAAUCGGGGGCCUUACGUCCACAUCAACCAGAUCCUGAAGGAGGCGCACUUUUCAAGCUUACAUCAGCGUGGCUGCAAUUCUUCCUCCUGACCAGGCACAGAGAGCACUCGCUGAAAAGACACUCUGCACUCUCACCAUUAUUAAAACCCACAGCAUAUCUGUGGAACAGCUGCACAGCAGGAUUCCUUUCUGUGCUCGGAGGAGGCUGUAACAUGAAUUUUCUUUCAUACAUUUUAGAUGGGGAUUAAAAAUCCAAAAACUGUAUCAAGUUUUUUUUCUGUCCAUUCAGCUAAUUAUCUUAGGUAUUUUAUAAUUUUGAAAGGAAAAAAAAAAAACUUACUAGCACUUUUUGAUGUAAAUAUUUUUAUCAUAUUUCCAGCUUUUUGGCUGUAGGUGACUGUAACAAUCUGGCCAUGUCCUCAGAUUGAUCUUAUUUUGCAGAGAUUUUGUGUACCAGUCCAAUUUCAAUCAAGGUUCUGGCUGGCAAGAUGAUACCCUUUAGCUUUUUUACAGUCUCAUUUGCAGCAUAUUCAGUGUUUUCAUAUAGGGUUCCAACCAUUAAGGUCUGUGGAUUUUUACUGCAGCCCCGCUUUGUACAGAUAUCAUUAGAAUGAGUGUUCCAGUAUAUUCAGCUAAUGUUCCUUUCUCCUCCCACACAUGGCUUACAUACAGAAGGAUCCCCCCUCCAGUAGUAGUAUUUCUGUUUAACAUAUAAGCUGGUGUAUUGGACCGCAGGACACCGCUAUAUUACUAAGGCUCACGUUCCCUACUAGGUUUUUAUGCUUUACUGAAAUAAUGAAUGUUUGGGUUGUGCCAAAUAUCUGCUCUCUAUUUGCUGCAAAUUCAAGGAUAAGUGACAUUAAAGAAAGAGAGUAUACGAGAGGGGAAUAAGAAUUUUGUACAAAGUUCUGGUAUGAAACUUAUGAACCAAGGUCACUGAUCCUCAAUAUGGAUUCAAACACAACAAUGAUUGAUGCACAAUAAAAUUAUUUAAUUUGUUGACAAUUUCA